AUGGCUUUAAAACAGGAAGAUUUCAGUCACCACAACAGCCUCUUACAGCCCACCACAACAGCCUCUUACAGCCCACCACAACAGCCUCUUACAGCCCACCACAAACAGCCCACCACAACAGCCUCUUACAGCCCACCACAAACAGCCCACCACAACAGCCUCUUACAGCCCACAACAACAGCUUCUUACAGUCCACCACAACAGCCUCUUACAGCCCACCACAACAGCCUCUUACAGCCCACCACAACAGCCCACCACAACAGCCUCUUACAGCCCACCACAACAGCCUCUUACAGCCCACCACAACAGCCUCUUACAGCCCACAACAACAGCUUCUUACAGUCCACCACAACAGCCUCUUACAGCCCACCACAUCAGCCUCUUACAGCCCACCACAACAUCCUCUUAGAGCCCACCACAACAGCCUCUUACAGCCCACUACAAACAGCCUCUUACAGCCCAACACAACAACCACUUACAGCCAACCACAACAUCCUCUUACAGUCCACCACAACAGCCUCUUACAGCCCACCACAAACAGUCCACCACAACAGCCUCUUACAGCCCACCACAACAGCCUCUUACAGCCCACCACAACAGCCUCUUACAGCCCACCACAACAGCCUCUUACAGCCCACCACAACAGCCUCUUACAGCCCACCACAACAGCCCACCACAACAGCCUCUUACAGCCCACAACAACAGCUUCUUACAGUCCACCACAACAGCCUCUUACAGCCCACCACAUCAGCCUCUUACAGCCCACCACAACAGCCUCUUACAGCCCACCACAACAGCCCACCACAACAGCCUCUUACAGCCCACCACAACAGCCUCUUACAGCCCACCACAACAGCCUCUUACAGCCCACCACAACAGCCCACCACAACAGCCUCUUACAGCCCACCACAACAGCCUCUUACAGCCCACCACAACAGCCUCUUACAGCCCACCACAACAGCCUCUUACAGCCCACCACAAACAGCCUCUUACAGCCCACCACAAACAGCCCACCACAAACAGCCCACCACAAACAGCCCACCACAACAGCCUCUUACAGCCCACCACAACAGCCUCUUACAGCCCACCACAACAGCCUCUUACAGCCCACCACAACAGCCUCUUACAGCCCACCACAACAGCCUCUUACAGCCCACCACAACAGCCUCUUACAGCCCACCACAAACAGCCUCUUACAGCCCACCACAAACAGCCCACCACAAACAGCCCACCACAAACAGCCCACCACAACAGCCUCUUACAGCCCACCACAACAGCCUCUUACAGCCCACCACAACAGCCUCUUACAGCCCACCACAACAGCCUCUUACAGCCCACCACAACAGCCUCUUACAGCCCACCACAACAGCCUCUAACAGCCCACCACAACAGCUUCUUACAGCCCACCACAACAGCCUCUUACAGCCCACAACAACAGCUUCUUACAGUCCACCACAACAGCCUCUUACAGCCCACCACAUCAGCCUCUUACAGCCCACCACAACAGCCUCUUACAGCCCACCACAACAGCCCACCACAACAGCCUCUUACAGCCCACCACAACAGCCUCUUACAGCCCACCACAACAGCCUCUUACAGCCCACCACAACAGCCCACCACAACAGCCUCUUACAGCCCACCACAACAGCCUCUUACAGCCCACCACAACAGCCUCUUACAGCCCACCACAACAGCCUCUUACAGCCCACCACAAACAGCCUCUUACAGCCCACCACAAACAGCCCACCACAAACAGCCCACCACAAACAGCCCACCACAACAGCCUCUUACAGCCCACCACAACAGCCUCUUACAGCCCACCACAACAGCCUCUUACAGCCCACCACAACAGCCUCUUACAGCCCACCACAACAGCCUCUUACAGCCCACCACAACAGCCUCUUACAGCCCACCACAAACAGCCUCUUACAGCCCACCACAAACAGCCCACCACAAACAGCCCACCACAAACAGCCCACCACAACAGCCUCUUACAGCCCACCACAACAGCCUCUUACAGCCCACCACAACAGCCUCUUACAGCCCACCACAACAGCCUCUUACAGCCCACCACAACAGCCUCUUACAGCCCACCACAACAUCCUCUUACAGCCCACCACAAACAGCCCACCACAAACAGCCCACCACAAACAGCCCACCACAACAGCCUCUUACAGCCCACCACAACAGCCUCUUACAGCCCACCACAACAGCCUCUUACAGCCCACCACAACAGCCUCUUACAGCCCACCACAACAUCCUCUUACAGCCCACCACAACAUCCUCUUACAGCCCACCACAAACAGCCCACCACAACAGCCUCUAACAGCCCACCACAUCUCCCUCUUGAGCUCACCACAACAGCCUCUUACAGCCCACCACAACAGCCUCUAA